GAAUACACGCAUAUUCGCGUGUUUCCAUUGCACUUCAGUGCACACAAAUUACUCGUAAAAUCUUACUAGCAAGGGCGAUAUUGCGCGUGCACACGACUGGCUUGCCAUAGAAAACAAAGCUGUCUGCGCGGCAUCCAUUACAGCGGAUGGUGCAGACUUCGGGAAUAUAUGAAUAUAGACGCUAGAAAACACUCCUAAAUAUGGAUUUUCAGCGAGUAUAGGAUCAUUUGAGACUCGGGCCUGUAAGGGCAGUGAGACUGCCGGACACUCGCGAAACUGACGAAAUAUACAGUUUUUAUCGGGGUGCUUUGUCUUGGCCAGCUAGCAAACCAUCAUUGUCAUUCGAUUGGAAGCUAUUCUACUAGUGUUUGCUAGAUGGGGGCUGGGGUACAUCGCCAUGUUGUUAUCAAAUAGUAACUGUUAAAAAAUACAUAUUGAAGUAAAGGCGGAAAUUUUGUCCACCAGGUCCUUCGUUUUGGCCACAGGGAACCGAAUCUCAACAGUCGCGGAAACCCACCACUGACUGUUGUCGUCGGUGACAUGGCGGAGCAAGGCUACUCUUCUUGGGCGUACUCACUCGUCGACUCCAGCCAGGUGUCCACUUUCCUCAUCUCCAUCCUCCUCAUUGUCUAUGGCAGCUUCAGAUCGUUGAACAUGGACUGUGAGAACCAGGAAAAGGAUAAGGAUGGUAACCCUGUCCCGAAUGGGGCCUUCAACAAUGGCAACACAAACAACAGUGAGUCUCACAUAUUUGGUAUUCAAACCAUAGACUCCACGCAGGCUCUGUUCCUGCCCAUAGGAGCCUCCGUGUCUCUGCUCGUCAUGUUCUUUUUCUUCGACUCUGUCCAGGUGGUUUUCACCAUUUGCACCGCAGUUCUUGCGACAAUUGCGUUUGCAUUCCUCCUGUUGCCAAUGUGCCAGUACUUGACCAGACCCUGCUCCCCACAAAACAAGAUCUCGUUUGGCUGCUGUGGGCGCUUCACUCUGGCCGAGCUCCUCGCCUUCUCCCUCUCUGUCAUGCUGGUGCUGAUUUGGGUGCUGACGGGACACUGGCUGCUCAUGGAUGCUCUAGCCAUGGGGUUGUGUGUGGCCAUGAUAGCGUUUGUGCGGCUGCCCAGUCUGAAGGUGUCUUGCCUGCUGCUGUCAGGGCUGCUCAUCUAUGACGUGUUCUGGGUGUUCUUCUCGGCCUACAUCUUCAACAGCAACGUGAUGGUGAAGGUAGCCACCCAACCGGCUGACAACCCCUUAGACGUGCUCUCCAGAAAGCUCCACCUGGGCCCUGGGAUGGGCCGUGACGUCCCACGCUUGUCCCUGCCUGGCAAGCUGGUUUUCCCCAGUUCCACAGGCAGUCACUUCUCCAUGCUGGGGAUCGGGGACAUAGUGAUGCCGGGGCUACUGCUGUGCUUUGUGCUGCGCUACGACAACUACAAGAAGCAGGCCAACGGGGAUGCGGGGGGGCCAGGCACACCCGGGCGCAUGGGGCGCGUCUCCUACUUCCACUGCACUCUCAUCGGAUACUUUGUGGGCCUGCUGACCGCCACUGUGGCCUCCAGGAUCCACCGUGCGGCUCAGCCUGCCCUGCUCUACCUGGUGCCCUUCACCCUGCUGCCUCUACUCACCAUGGCCUACCUGAAGGGAGACCUGCGGCGUAUGUGGUCAGAGCCUUUCCACACGAAGGCCAGCAGCUCCCGCUUCCUGGAGGUAUGAUGCACCCUGGGAACACACAGCCAGCGUGGGCAGGACCAGGGACACCUACCCCCUGCCCUGAGAGAAAGGGAGUGAGAGGGAGAGCGCACACUGAAGAGAGGCCUCGUCCUCAUCACUAGUUCAUUCUUUCCACCCAUCCUCUGAGCAGCAGACCUCACAUAUGGACACCAGUGUGUGGACCUCAUUGCCAGACACAACUCCUCAUUGCUUCCUGUUUUCCUCUCUCUUUCCUACUUUUCCUUCCCUCACCCACCUCCCUUACCAUGGCUCAUUUCAUUUUGUCAGGCCUCUCCUCUCUCCUUUCGCUCUUGGUCUUUCUGUUUUACUACCGCCCCUCUCAUCUGUGUAUCUCCCCGACUCUGCUGGACUCCAAGGCCAGGCGUCCCCCUAUAUGGACUACUGGGUGUGGGAUGUGACUGAGGCUUUUUCUAGCAUCUUCAUUACAAUUAUUGUUAUUAUUCUGGAAUGAUUUGGAAUGAACUGCGGAGGAGAAUAGGAGAGUAGGCAGAACUGCUGCUUCCACUAGGCAGGAAAAUGACAUCUGUGCACAGGACCAGCAGCCUAUCGGAGAGAGAGAAGGAAGAGCAACGGUUCAUCAGUCGCUCCCUCCAUCCGUUUCUCUGCCCUCCAUCUACCCCCUCUGUCCCCUGAACAUCUCUCCUCUUUAUCCUCAACAUCCUCCCCCUCUCUAACAAACUCCCACCUUCCGUCAUUCACUGCCCCAUCACAGAUACAGGUAUUUUAUUUAGAAAAGAUUUUAUUCUUGGCAUAUACAGAAAUGAUGCAUUAUAAAUUGUGAAUGUGUCCCUACUAUUGCGGGGGGAAGCAUCUCUCUUUGUAUAUAUAUGUGUACACAAGUAUUUGGGUAUCAUGUUGUGUGACUGUGUGUGUGUGUGAGCGAGAGCGCAUAGUAUGUGAGACUGUGUUAUUUCAUUAUUAUGAACAAUUUAAUUAUGUUUUGGAUCCAGGACAGGUAUAAAAGACCUUGACAAUGAGAACUUGUGGAGUGACAUUUGGGGGUUGAUGGGACAUGGGCAGGUUUUUUGGGCAGGUCUGACUUGGACCACAGCUCGGUUCUGUAAGGCUAGGAGUGGUUUACUUGUGAACAAAUUUCCUCCAAUAAGUGACAGAAUGGACAUUGGGAAAAACCAAGUUAACCCUCCACUUGCCGUUGGCUGUACCUGGAGGUGUGUGUGUGUGUGUGUGUGUGUGUGUGUGUGUGUGCCUGGUCGUUUAGAAUAACCUCUAUAAAGUCUGUAAUGGACCUUGAGGGAGGAAAUCUCUAUGCCCUUCUGAGGGAUUUAUCUUAAUAAAGGAUUGUAAUCAAUGGACCCUGAGGUUAAAACUAACCCAUAGCUAGGUUUUUACUGUCAAAGGUUGGGUAUCCCAACAGUUUUUGGAUUGUCAUUCCUCUCACAGUUUUGUGGUGUUUGUCAGUUAGAUCAUCCCCCCCCCCCCCCCAAACCCCACAGGUGCAUGUUUAGAUUUUUUUCCCCCUAGCACAACACAGCUGAUUUUAAAUAAUCAAAGCUUGAUGAUGAGUUGGUUAUUAGAAUCAGCUCUGUAGAGCUAGGGCAAAAAACAAAAUGUGCACCCAGAGGGGCCCCAGGACGAACUUUGGGAAACCCUGAGUUAGAUCAUAGCUUAAACAAUACUGGAAUUAAAGUGUGUGUGUGAGUGUUUGUGAAAGCGAGACAGUCGGACGAAGAGAGAGACUUGAAUGGAAAAUGCAGUUUACUGGCUUCCUGUCUUGAGUUUUCUUUUUUACCUGUUUUUUAUGUUUGUUCUCUGGCCUUGCAUGUCAAGUGUACAGUGUGUGUCAUUCCUCAGACUGCAACAACAGACUGCUGGCCCCAACCAAUGCACUAAGCUUUGCCAGCAAGGCUGCAGAGAGGAAAGUUACAUGGACAAAGGCCAGGGAGUCGGGAGGACUGAACAGUUCUGACUAAACAGGCCACCUGGCUGAUAAACAUUUAUUUUUAUUUUUAUUAUUAUUAUUUUUUUACACUCGUUUAGCCCCGAUUUCACUCUAGCUGAUCAUUACCUGGACAUUGUCUGGCUAUGAGACAGACCACUGUCGGACAGCCUGAACAUAAAUGGACAUGUAACCACAACCCCAUUCCUGUCCCCUCUGCCUCUUUAUGGACUUGGCAAAGAAAACUGAUGAUGAUCAUAGUGAUGAAUAAUUGAAGAAGAAAAAAAAUACAGAUGUUUUCAUUUUUUCUGGAAGAUGGCUUUCUAUUUAUCCCCUUGUUUGAGUUGUUUUUCUUAGUGCUGUAGCUUUAGGUUUUCCAUCUUAUACUUUUCUUUCCUCCCUUGCAGCAGAGGGCUUUAUAGCUGAAAUGGAUUCUAUCAUUUUUUUUAAAAAGUUGAAUAAAUUUAAGAGCUGUUUAGUGAAACAUGAAUCCUAAUGAGCUGAAUCUAAAACAUUUUUGUCUCCUUUAACCCCCUCUCUGCUCCCUGUUCCUCUCCCCCCUUUCCCUCCAUUCAGUCAGGAUUCUGCUGUAAAUAAAACAUAAUUCUAACUAUA